AAUCCCUUUCUUCCUCUUCUUCACAGAGUGGAAAAUUCAGAAAGGAGUCAAAAUUAAAUGAAGAUAGUUCAACUACUCUUCUUCUUGAUCCUAUUCCUUCAAAACCCUAACCCGCUUUCCUCAUUAUCACCAGAUGGUUUAUCACUACUAGCAUUAAAAUCAGCCAUGGAUUCAUCACCAUCUUCAGUUGCAGUAUUCUCAGAUUGGAAUGAAAACGAUUCAAAUCCAUGUCAUUGGUCAGGUGUCUCAUGUAUGAAAGUCCAUGGAUUCCCUGAUCCUCGUGUCGUAGGCAUUACAAUUGCCGGAAAAAACUUAAAAGGAUACAUCCCAUCGGAACUUGGUAGUUUGAUUUUCCUAAGGAGAUUAAAUCUUCAUGGAAAUCAACUCCAUGGUUCAAUACCGGAUCAGCUUUUCAAUGCUUCUUCCUUACAUAGUUUAUUUCUUUACGGGAAUAAUUUAACUGGUUCACUUCCACCUUCGAUAUGCAAUUUACCGCGGUUACAAAAUCUUGAUUUAUCUUCCAAUGCGCUGUCGGGUGGAAUUCCAAGUUCUUUCUCUAGUUGUCGGGAGUUACAGCGGUUGGUUCUAUCGCGUAAUAAGUUCUCUGGUGAGAUUCCGGUUGGUAUAUGGUCGAAACUUCAGAAUUUAAUGCAGCUUGAUUUGUCUUCUAACAGUUUUACCGGUGAGAUUCCUAACGAUUUGGGUGAGCUGAAAUCACUAACAGGUACUUUAAAUCUAUCGUUUAACGAAUUCACUGGUGAGAUUCCGAAAACGUUAGAGAAAUUACCAGUUGCAGUUAGUUUUGAUCUGAGGAACAAUAAUUUAAGUGGUGAGAUUCCUCAGAAAGGUACAUUUUCUAACCAAGGUCCAACUGCUUUUCUUAAUAAUCCGUCGCUGUGUGGUUUUCCGCUUCAAAAGUCUUGUCAGAACAUUGAAAAUCCUUCGUCGGGGAGCUCCGUUUCGGGCCAAGAACGUGGGAGUAAGCCAAAGAAAGGAUUGAAACCGGGGUUAAUUAUUUUGAUCUCAGUAGCCGAUGCAGCUGCAGUGGCAUUAAUUGGUUUAGUAAUCAUAUACAUUUAUUGGAAACGGAAAGAUUCGCCUAAUGGGUGUUGCAGUUGUACCAGUAAGACCAAAUUGGGUUCGAACAAUCAGAAUCAGAAUGGAACGAUGGGCUGUUCUUUGUUUUCGUGCUCGUGUGCGAAUGGGGAGGCAGAAGAAUCGGACUUGGAUUCUCCUUCUGAGAAAGAUAGUCAUGAACAUAAUACGAGCAGUGGAGAUCAAGAGGAAGGGAACUUAGUAGCGAUUGAUAAAGGAUUUAGUUUCGAACUGGAUGAAUUAUUGAGAGCAUCAGCAUAUGUCUUAGGGAAAAGUGGAUUAGGAAUUGUGUAUAAAGUUGUGCUGGGUAAUGGAAUUCCUGUUGCAGUGAGAAGAUUAGGUGAAGGUGGUGGCCAAAGGUAUAAAGAAUUUGUAGCUGAAAUUCAAGCAAUUGGGAAAAUUAAGCAUCCAAAUGUUGUUAAAUUAAGGGCUUAUUAUUGGGCACCAGAUGAGAAAUUACUUAUUUGUGAUUUCAUUUCCAAUGGCAAUUUGGCUUUUGCUCUUCAUGGGCGAAAUGGGUAUGCAUCAGGAGGAGGUAGUCUGUCAUGGACGACUCGGUUGAAAAUUGCAAAAGGCGCAGCCAGAGGACUAGCCUAUCUGCACGAAUGCAGCCCAAGAAAAUUUGUACAUGGAGAUGUAAAACCAACCAACAUUCUUCUCGACAAUGACUUCAAUGCUUACAUAUCUGAUUUUGGUCUCAAUAGGCUGAUUAGUAUAACAGGAAGUGAUCAAACUUCUACUGGUGGACUGAUUGGCGGAGCACUGCCAUACAUGAAGGCGGUGCAAACAGAGAAACCAAAUUACAAGGCCCCAGAGGCAAGAGUAAUAGGAAUGAGGCCGACUCAAAAAUGGGAUGUAUAUUCAUUUGGUUUAGUGUUGUUGGAACUGUUGACGGGGAAAUCACCCGAGUCUUCGUCGUCACCAAUGGCAUCAGCAUCUACAUCGUCAAGGGGAGAAUCAGGGGUGGAUUUGGUGAGGUUGGUGAAGAGAGGGUUUGAGGUGGAAAAACCAUUGUCUGAAAUGGUAGACCCCAUGUUACUACAACAAGUACACGCUAAGAAAGAAGUGAUGGCUGUUUUCCAUGUGGCUCUUGCUUGUACUGAAUCUGACCCUGAAAUUCGACCUAGAAUGAAAACUGUCUCGGAAAAUCUUGAUAAGAUUGGGAAUUAGAUUGUAAAUUAGCAAAGAACUAAUUCAACCAAAACCAAAUGAGAUAGGUUAUUUCUCCUAAGGAGGCAAGGUAUCCGGUUAAUUUCUUAUAAUUCAAUAUUAUUCGAAGGUGGUUUCAUUGUUCUUUCUGUUUUCAUUGAUGCAAAAUUGUAGAUUGUGUAGUCAUUCUCUCUUUCUGUAACUCGUGUGUUCCAAAUUCAUAGCAAUUGGGAUCAUAAUUUUUUUUGAAAUUUUUGCCUCUA